AGCACAUCAUCAACAGACUCUUGUUCGCCUUUAUGACUUCACAUCGAGUGAGCGAGCGAUCCAUCAUCGCUUUGGGAUCGGACAGGAACUCCACACGAUCUCGUCUGAGUUACAGUUUACUACGACUUCACCAUGCCACGAGCAGAAGCAGGUUCAGCGAAAGCUAUCGGCAAUGCCAUCAAGGCCAAGGGUCUUGGCCGGCUAGUAUGGUACUGUCAGGUCUGUCAGAAACAAUGUCGGGACGAGAACGGAUUCAAGAUGCACUCGCAAUCCGAGUCGCAUUUACGUCAGAUGCUGGUCGUCGGCGAGAAUGCAGGCAAGCAUAUUGAUACCUUUAGCAAAGAUUUCCAGGACGAGUUCUUGACUUUGCUCUCGAGAAGACACAACACCCAGCGAGUCCGCGCCAACGCCGUCUACAACGAGUAUAUCCAGGACAAACAUCACAUCCACAUGAACUCUACCAAAUGGGUCACCCUCACCGAGUUCAUCAAGUAUAUGGGUCGGGAAGGUCUGGUCCGGGUGGACGAGAACGAAAAGGGAUUCUGGAUCCAAUGGGUGGAUAACUCUCCAAAAGCCUUGGCGAGGCAGGCGGAGAUGCAGAAGAGGGAGCGGGCAGAUAUGGACGACGAACAGAGACAGAGGAGGCAGUUGCGGGAACAGAUGGAGAGGGCGAGGUUGCAGGCGGAGGCUAGGGGACAGGGGGAAGUAGCGAAAGGGUUACAGAGAGCCGAGGGGGAAAAGGUCUCCUUGAGCUUGAACUUGGGGGGUCUCAAGCCGAAGGAAGAGACAGUCAAGACUGAGCCGGAAGACACGGUCAAGACUGAAUCGGAGGAGACGUUCAAAAGUGAAUCGGAAGGGACGGUUAAAACUGAACCGGCAGAGGCGGUCAAGAAUGAACCGGCAUCACCCUCAACUCCGGUUGCUACGCCAACGGUCACGAUGACAAAUACGGCAAAGGUCAAGACUGAACCAGCUCCUAACCCUUUGAAACGAGCUGCCCCUACCAACAUCUUCAAAACAUCCUCCAAGUCAUCGAAAUCCACCAAAGAAUCCACCCCUUCAUCCACCCCGAAAUCACAUCUGGCCGGGAAAAAGUUCUUGACGGCAGCGGAAAGGUUGAUGCUCGAAGAUCAAGCUAGGGCCGGGCGAAAGAUUUCUGGUGGGAGUGGGGGUUAUCAGGGGAUGGGCCCGAGUCGGCGAUGAGCAAAUAGAGGCAUGGGGCAUGAGGGAUGAGUUGACGGGUUGUAUAUGAGUUAGUCUUCACUGUAGCACAAUUAACGACAUUUUGGUGGGG